ACUGAAAUAUAAGUGAAAUCAGGUCUCUUAGAUUGUGAUCAAUUCCUAUGACAGACGAUUUUGGCUAAUCAUGUUGAGAUAAAAAAAAGUUGGAAAAUUUAUAUAAAAAAAAUAUUAUAAUAAUUCAGUCAAAUAACAUCAAAGCCAUUUUUUUUUUCUAAAUUCCAGUGCUUCAAAGUUACUGCAUAUUGCCUUUGUAAGGCUAUAUAAGUGCAGCUAUGGGUUAUUAUACUAAAAAGUUCCCUGUAUUUCUACAGUAAAACGUUACUCUUCAUCAGAUCAGUCUCUUUGCUUUCCAGUAAAAAGACAUUCUUAAAGCAAGAUAUAUUCACUUGGGAAGCAAAAGAUGGUGCAUAAGGAUAUUAAGACUUGUUUUCAGAGAAUAUAAGUUGAAGUUCAUCUUGUUCCAUUUUCUAAUGUCCAUUUUUGCACUGCAUUAUGGAUCUUAUGGGCAGUUUGAGUCAUUGCUUCAGGCAUUCAAUAUGGAAAAAUCUUAUUUUCUGUGAGAAAACAUGCUGUUCGGACCCCAUGGGAUGCUUUCGGAGACUGUGAGUCACAGGCAUGAGCUCACCUUUAGAUUGGAGAACAGGCAACUUUCUUUCACCAUGAACUUUAAUGCAGAAGAUGUAAUGCGUUGGUACAAUACGAGUGCUUGUCAAAGCUGUCUGACCAUAGCAAAUUACAUGUAGUUGCAAAACAGAGGGUGGACAUGGUCUACGGCUUAUAAAUGGGCUUUUCAUGAAAAUUUUUCGGUGGGCCAGAACUAGCAGGUCAUGAUAUGUGCAUAUAUAUAUGAUCAAGACAGUUCCCCUAAAAAAAAAAAAAAAAAAGACACAAAUAAUUCUUCCUGAUGACGAAUAAUGAUUCAAAACAAAGCGUCAUGAUAUAGAGCAAGUCAAUGCACAUAUGAAAUGAGUAGCACUGACCACAAGGCUCUUUUUUGAUUUCCGCCAUACCCAUGCAAGCAGUACAUGGCGUUUCCUGUGCAAGUUUCAGAAAACCACAGGUUAGUCACGUGACCAAGCUUCCACGUUCAGCGCUGUUCCGCUCUACUGUUGUUCCAUGCAUUGAUAGGAAGUGAAUCGAUUACGCUUGAAAGAUACUGGAGUGUAAAACGAUGCCAAUGUAAAAAAUAUAGCUCACAACGAAGAGCAAAGGAGGACGAAGACAGACAGACAAAGAUGGAAAAAGAGAAGGAGGAUCCCUCGUUCUUGGACAGGACGCCGCAGACAGUUGAGGCCAAUGGAGGAAGUCUUCGUCACCAGCCAUCUCCUCUUCCUGAACUUCGUGUGGUUUUACUAGGCCGCAAAGGUGCUGGGAAGAGCUCAGCUGGAAAUACUAUUCUAGGCCUGGCAGGAGGGUUUGAGGUGAAUAAACCGACUGAGGAGUGUGUGAAGAGGCGCGCUGAUGUGGCAGGAAGGCGCGUCACGGUUGUGGACACCCCGGGCUGGGAAUGGUACUAUCCAGUGAAUGGGACUCCUGGUUGGGUGAGGAGAGAAACUAAGCGAAGCAUGUCCUUGUGUCCGCCAGGCCCUCAUGCCGUCCUUCUAGUGGUGCGAUCCUGUACGUCAGUGACAGCCGAGUAUCAUCAGCAGAUCGAGGAGCACCUGGAGCUGCUGGGCAAAGCGGUGUGGGAUCACACACUGGUGCUGUUCACACGAGGGGACGAACUGAGCUCCGUUCCCAUCGAACAGAGGAUUCAAAAUGGCGGCAAGGCCUUCCAGAGGCUCCUGGAACGUUGUGGGAACAGGUUUCACGUUCUGGAGAACAAGCGGCGUGUCGAUGAUGGAUCGCAGGUGAAGGAACUGAUGAAGAAGUUGGAUGAGCUGAUCGGAGAGAGAGGAGGGAGAUAUUAUGAGACGGAUGUGCUGCUUCUAGAGCUGGAGGUGGAGAGUAAACGGAGGGCACGAGAAAGGAGGAAGAAACAGAGGCUGAUGGAGGCACAGACACUCAGAGGAACCAUCAGAGCCGUACUGAUGAAUGACAAUCCUCAAAUUGAAGACCUGGAUGAGAGGAAUCUCUUCUCCAGAGGUUCACGGCGGCUCCCGGAGCUAAGACUGGUUCUGCUGGGAGAGAGAGAAACGGGGAAAAGCUCGGCUGGAAACGCCAUCCUCGGAGGACCAGGAUACUUUCAAAGUGGAGAGGCAACGGAGGAGUGUUCAAGACAGCAGACGGAGGUAUCUAAUAGACUGGUGACGGUGGUGGAUGUGCCUGGAUGGGAGGGCGGACCAGAGGGAACAACUCCAGAGAGAGUGAAGCGAGAGAUUGGAAUGAGCGUGACGCUAUGUCCUCCUGGACCUCAUGCGUUUCUUUUGACAUUGAGAGUGGACGCACUCGUCCAAGCACAGUCGGUGCGGGAGCACUUGGAGCUUCUGGGAGAGACGGUUUGGAGACAUACGCUUCUUCUGUUCACGAGGGGCGACCAGCUACGAGAGGGAGUCACGAUUGAGCAGCACAUCCAAGGAGGAGGAAAGGAACUUCGCUGGUUGGUGGAACGAUGUUCAAAUAGGUUCCACGUCAUCAGCAGCAAUUCUUAUUUGGAAUCACGGAAUUCCAAAACACAAAUAACAGAACUUCUGGAGAAGAUUGAGAAGAUGGUGGCGGGAAAUCGGUGUGAGGCCUUCUCGCCACUAGUGCAUGAGAUUCAAGAGUUAGGGAGACAAAAAAAUGAAAAAUUUCAAUUGAAGGUCAAGGAGUUUAGCGAAAAGUUUCAACGGCAGGAGGAAGAACUGAAGAAGAUGAAGGAACGAGAGGUCAAGAGCAUUCGGUGGUUUUUCGAUAGACGCAAAAAAGACAAAGUACAAUCUCCUGAGAAGGCCGAAAGGGAAGAGUCACCGUAUAAGGGCGAAGAUGACAGGAGAAGUGUGAUGGGCGAGCUGGAGGAGAGGAUGGCGUGGUUAACGGAAGACAAGGAGCGAGAGAUACAAGAGCUGAGCGCUGAAAUAAGCAAAGUCAUGGUGACUUACCAUCAGGGACUGAAAGAGAAAGAGCAACUGCUAAUGAGAUUAGAGGAACGAGAAUGCGAGGGGGAAGAACUUAAAGAGAAAGUGGAAGAGCUUCAAAUAAAAUUGCUGGAACUGGAGCGCUUGGGUGCCAUGAAAGAGCAAGAACGAAAAGAGAGAGAGAACGAAAUUCAGCGAACACACUUGGACGAGAUGAAUGAACUUAAAAACAAAUUGUUGGAUGCUGAAAAAGAGAAUGAUAGUAUGAGAAGAAAGGCUGAUGAAACUCAAAAAGAGAUGGAUUCAUCACAACGCAGGUAUGAAGAAGAGGCCAGGCAGCAAAAGCAAGAGAUGGAGAGCAAAUUGAAAGAGAAGGACAAUGACAUUGAAAACAUUUUAAAAGAAAUUGAGGAGGUGAAAUUGAAGGCUGAGAGCAGAGAAAGAGAACAAAGCGAGAAAUUCAGGGAAAAGGUUGAGAAGAGAGAGAAAGAGAUGGACAAGCUGAGAGAGAUGAUGGAGAUGAUGACAAAAGAGAUGGAGCAGCUACGAAUGUCCUAUCAAGAGCAAGUGAAAACAACAGAAGCCGAGAGAGAAAUGCGUGGAGACGUUGUGGAGAAAUACAACACGCUCAUAGAUAAACUUGUAGGGAAAGACAAAGAAAUAGAGCAAACGAUGAAAGACAAGGAAAAAGAGCUGAAUCGAAAUGCUAAAACACAAGAGAAGCUUCAGCAAAAAGAAGACGAAAUAGUCAAAUUAAGACAAAGAGAUCAGGAAAAGGACAGAGAACUGGAGACAUUGAAGCAAAACAUUACCGAAAAACAGAGGGAUAUAGAAAAGUUAAAAGACACUGUUCAGACAAAUACUGAAAAACACACAGCUGAACUUAAAGUUUUGGAGGAAGAGUUGAAAGCAAAAGAAGAUGAAAUGGACAAAUUAAAACAAAGAACCCUAGAGAAAGACAAAGACAUUGACAAACUAAAGCAAAACAUUUCCGAAAAACAAAAUGCUAUUGAAAAGUUAAAAGACAGUGUUCAGGCACAUAUUGAAGAAAAUGCUGCACAACUUAAACAUCUACAGGAGGAAUUCAAAGUAAAAGAAGAGGAAAAUGAAAAAUUAAGACAAAGAGACCAAGAGAAAGAACGAGAAAUUGACAUACUUGGGCAAAACAUUAGCAAAAACCAGAAAGACAAUGAAAAGUUAAGAGACCGUAUUGAAGAAAGUGUGGCUCAACUGAAGCAUUUAGAGGAAGAGCUGAAAAUAAAAGAAGAGGAAAUAACCAAAUGUAGACAAAGAGACCUGGAGAAAGACAAUGAAAUUCACACACUAAAGAACAAUAUUAUUGGCCAACAGCAAGACGCUGAAAAAUUUAAAGUCAGUCUUCAGUCAAAUAUUGAAGAAAGUGCUGCUCAAUUGAAGCGUUUAGAGGAAGAACUCAAAAUAAAAGACAAGGAAAUAAUCAAAUUAAGAACAAGAGACCUGGAGAAAGACAGAGAAAUAAACACACUGCAGGAAAACAUUUGUGAAAAACAAAAAGACAUUGAAAAGUUAAGAGAGAAUAUUCAAGCACAUAUUGAGGAAAGUGCAGCUCAACUAAAACAUUUAGAGGAGGAGCUACAAACAAAAGAAGAUGAAAUAACCAAAUUAAGACAAAGAGACCUGGAGAAAGACAAUGAAAUUCACACACUAAAGAAAAAUAUUAUUGGCCAACAGCAAGACGCUGAAAAAUGUAAAGUCAGUCUUCAGUCAAAUAUUGAAGAAAGUGCUGCUCAAUUGAAGCGUUUACAGGAAGAAUUCAAAAUAAAAGACGAGGAAAUAAUCCAAUUAAGAACAAGAGACCUGGAGAAAGAUAGAGAAAUGAACACACUGCAGGAAAACAUUUGUGAAAAACAAAAAGACAUUGAAAAGUUAAGAGACAAUAUUCAAGCACAUAUUGAGGAAAGUGCAGCUCAACUAAAACAUUUAGAGGAGGAGCUACAAACAAAAGAAGUUGAAAUAACCAAAUUAAAUGAGAGAGACAUGGAGAAAGACAAAGAAAUGGAGACACUGCUGCAAACAGUCCAUGAAAAGCAUAUAAGAGACAUAGAAAAGUUGAAAAACAGCAUUCAAGCAAAUACUGAACAAGGUGCUGCUCAACUAAAACUUCUAGAGGAGGAGUUUGACGUAAAGAUGGAGGUCUACAAAAGAAAGAAUACAGUGAUGGAAAAGGAGAUGGAAAAUAUAAAGAAACAGUAUGAGGAAACAAGACUAAUGAUGGAGAUGAAAGAGAAUAUCAUCAAUCAGUUACAACAGCAACACGCAGACAAUGAAAGACGCUCAGAAGAGCUGAGACAACAGCACAGGGAACAGCAAGAACGAAACGACGUCUUACAAAAUGUGAACACAGAACUGGAGAAAGAAUUCAAAGAGCUGAAAUGCAAGUGUGAGGGACUUCAGACUCAGUUAAAGACUUCAGUUGAGCGCUAUGAGAUACAGAUGAAAGAAACAAAAGGGUUAGAACAACAGCUAGAAGAGUUAAAACGGCUGCUGGAUGAGAAGGAGAAAGAGAAAGAGAGUGAUAUGCAAGACAUGAAGGUGUAUUAUGAGAAAAGACUGAUAGAAAGGCAUGAAGAGCAUGAGACAGAGAGAGAACAAGAGCUUUGCAAAAGAGAGAGGGAGGUAGAAAAGAAAGAAGAGAAAUUAGCACAAAACAAACAAGAUUUGUUAAUGAGAGAGGGUGAAAUUAAUAGGAGAGAGCAAGCGCUAACAGAUGAAAAGCAGGAUUUGGAGGUGCAAAUGUACAGGAUUAGAGAAGAGGAGAAGAAUCUGGAAAACGAAGGCGAGAAUAACAAACGUUUGGCUGUAGAUCUGAUGAGAAUGAGAGAAGAGACUGAGAAAAAAGCGGAAGAGCUUAUGGUUGAAGAGGAAAAAUUAAAGGUGCAAGAGCAGCAAAUAAAAUGUAAAAAGGAUGAGCUACAAGCAAUGGAGAGGAUAUUGGAGAACAAGGAAAAGGAAAUGAAAGAUCUGACUGAAAAGCAGGAGAAAAAUAUGGACAACCUUAGACAGCAGCUAGAAAGGAGAGAACAAGAGCUGUUUGAAACGGAGGAGAAAUUUGUUGAAGAACAACACAGGCUUAAGGAAGAAGAAAAAUCUUUGGAGAUGCUCAAAACAAAUCUGGAAAUUAGAGAAAAUGAACUUAAUCAACGGGAGCAGAUGUGGGAAGUAAAAACCAAAGAACUUUCAAAGAGCUCAGAGGAACUUGAAAAUAACAAACACAACAUGCAAAAACGGCAAGCCGAGUUGAGCAAUAAGGAAAAUGAUCUUCUGCAAAAAAUAAAAGGAUUGCAAGAAAAGGAGCAAGAACUUGUCAAGAGAGAGCAGGACCUUGAACUCAAAGGUCAAAGGCUGAUGGAGCAACAACGAGAUAUGGAAAAACAGGACAAUACUCAGCAAAACCAGACAGCUUCACCUGAUGAGCAUGACCUGGAGCUUGAGAGCAUUAGAGAAGCAUUAAGAAAAAGGGAGCAAGAGCUGAUAAAAGCCGAAGAAGUGCUUUCUCAAAAAGAGCAGAAGCUGAAAAGUGAAGAAAUCUUUUUGGAGAAAAGACAGCAAGUCAUUCAAAAACGGGAAGAACAGCAUGAAGACUUGUUACACGGUCUGAAGAAACAGCAGGAUGUUUUGAAAGACAGAGAAUGCUCUUUAGAUACCAGAGAAACAGAUCUGCGUCAACUAGAAUUGGAGCUCGCUAUGAGAGAUAAUAAACACCAAUAUUUGCAGAACCAAGAAUUAGAUCUAAAGAAAAAAGAGAGCAAUGUUGAGGCCAAAACACAAAUGCUAGAGCUACUAAAAACAACACUAGAUGGGAGAGAAAAAGAGCUUGAGGAACAUCAAAACCGACUGGACAGCAGAACGCUGGAGCUAAAUAAUGAACAAGACAAGCUGGAAAAGAAGCGAGAGGAACUUGAGAAAUGGGAGAAGUAUUUGUAUAACACAGAGCUCAAAUCGAUACAAAAAGAGCCUUUCUCAGGGUAUCGCCAAUGGAAAAACAGCACUGAAAUUAAUGGGACACACACAGAAGCCGAAAAAAUCCAUCGACUGUAUCAAGAAGUAGGAGUGGAUGGUGGUAUUUGUGACACAACAGACACAAGAAGUGAAGAGCGAUUGGAGUUGGCUACUAUAAACUGUGCAAACAACAGAUCAGUAAAGAACCAGAGGGUUAAACGAACACUGGAGGCCAAGCACAAUGAGGAAGAUGGUGAGAGUGACAAUUCUGAAAGCAAAAGUGAGGAAGACUUCUUUGAAUCAUCAAGCACCAGUUUCCAACCUACCAGAGGUACACCCUUUCCCGUGUCUGAACUAAGGCUGAUGCUUUUAGGAGACUCCUGGUCGCCCCGUCACCCAGCGAAAUGUACCAUUGUGGGGCCUGAUGCAAAUGGAAGCAACCCUUGGAGGGGAGAAAUAUCCGGCAGGCAAAUCACCAUUGUAGAGCCUCAGGGCCUGAAAUGGAGAUCUGGGACUGACAGUAAAGGCACAUUUCAAAAACAUCUCUCUCAAAGUAUCUCUCUGUGUCAACCUGGACCACAUGCAUUCAUCCUGGUAAUACCUGCUUAUGUAUCAUUCACUGGUCAGUACAUGCGUGCAGUGGAACGUACCAUGUCAGCGUUAGGAGAAGCAUCGUGGAAGCACACUGUUGUUCUGCUCACCUGGGGGGAAACAUUAGGAGAGAGUGUCCAUCAGCAUGUGAAGAGAAACGGUGACCUGGAGCGGCUGGUUCUGAAGUGUGGAAAUAGAUGCCAUGUGCUUGACAACGGACAUCGGGAAUCUCACGUGGUUAAGUUGCUGGAGAAGGUUGAGGAGUUGCUUGGAGUAAACAAUGGACAUUACUACAAACUGGACUGAAAUAGAGAAUUUAAAGUGAGCCUUUAUGACUGUGAAUAAUAUUUAAAUUAUGAUAUAGUCUGGUAGAUUGUCUUGACAUUCUCGGCUUUAAACAUAUACGUAUAUACGUGAUUAGCAGUACAAAUGAAAAUAAACAAGAUUUUAAAAAGA